AGCCUAGAUCUGUAUCGAAUGCCUGGAUUGAAAUGUGAUCUCGUUUGCUCCUAAUCAGACCUUUUAUAUUUCGUGCUGGAAUCAGGAUGAAAUCGCCAUUUUCCAAGUGAUCUUGUUGAGCUUGAGCAAUCAAGAUGGAUAGCAUUAUCCCUUCAGAGUUUCCAGAAGGAAUCUUUGUGGAAGAUGAGAAGCUUCUGGAAGGAGAGGAUACCCACAUGUCCAGCUUCUUGACCGACUGGGACACGGAGGCUGACCAGGGUGGAGGACGCAUGGUCACGGCCGACAGCGGCGAUGACCACUCCGUCGACAGUCUUCCCAUGUCACCCGACGAAGCCAACUCCAAUCAGAAUGCAGACAUGCUGGUGCGAGGCAUGGCACCGGUCCUGGUUGGCGAGGAAACGAGCCACGCCUUCUUCUGCUUCGCAUGGGAGGAUGACGAAUGGGCCAUCAACGUGAUCCGGAAGCUGGAAUCCUCCGCUUACGGUUUCUCAUGUGAUAACAGCAACCACAAGUGGGAUCCGGGCGUCGCCAAAAUGGACAAGAUCAUCAAUUCCAUCUCCACCGCCAAGAAGCUGGUGCUUGUCGUAACGCCAGACUUUAUGCGCAGUCCGUGGUGCAUGUACGAGAACCUGCGCGCUCUGCGCGGCCAUUAUACGAACACGGCGAAAGUCAUAGUGGUGGUGUUGGGUGAGAUAGAACUCCCAGAUUUUCUUGAAGGGAUACCGACCAUUAACGCGAUGUCGAGGAACUUCUGGCAGAGGUUUGUUGCCGCACUGAGAUUAGGUUCUAGCUUGGAUGCUCACGAUGCCUCUCUCAACAAUAAUGUGCCUGCCCUGUACAACAGUGCUCAUCUGGCGACCAUCCAAUCAAGUACAGAUUGCUGUUGCAAGGCAAGAUUUGAUACCAUCUACUGUCCUGAUGAACUAGCAAGGAAAGGAGUUCAGAUACCUCAGCAGGACUACACUGCAGCCAUCUCCUCCAUCCUGGACGCUCCCAAGAUGAGAUGGUACACCCUGUGGUACAACCGUCUCUUUAGCUCCCUCGUCUGUGCCAUCAUCACCGCCCUCAUCAUCGUGGGCGUGGUCGGUAACCUUAGUAACUUCCAUAACAAGGAGUCCGGUGGUCUCCAUGUGGGGAUCUCCCUCCUCAUCGCCUUUGUCUUGUCGGCCGUCGUGGUCGGUCUCCUGCAUCUUAUUGUCUUCUAUGAGAAGAGAAAGUUGAAUGGUUUAAUAGAGGCUAACCUGUCCCGUGCUAACAUGAUCUUCUGUAAGCACAACAUCCUGGUCGGGAUGACCGACAGAUUCAACUGGUGCUGGAAUAGAGCUGUGCUCCACUUCAUAUACUUUGAUUUGACAGACUGUAGGAAAGAGAUGAUACAGUUCUUGAGUGACAAUCGCGUCAGAGGAGAUGGAGAUAUGGGUUUAAAUCAGAACUCAUCAGUAAGCGUUGAAAUGCUGCCCUCAUCAGGGGGAGAUGGAGAUGAUACAACCCGGCUCACCAUAGACACCAGACUACGGACAUUAUCUCCACAGACUCUCAUCGCAGACACAGACCCAAGAUCAAUAGCGGAGGAAGCAGAGCUGUACCUCAUGCAGCACAGUGCACCGUAUAUCAACAAACUACUCAAAAAGCAAUUGGUGGGACCGUUGCGAAAGAGACAUUGUAGAACCACGGUUUGCCUUUGUCAAUUUACCCAGAAGACGGUCUUCUGCGCUCCCGUGUAACGUUAACUUGAAGUUGGCACAAUCUCAUUCAACUUGUGUGGCAUCUUCAUUUCAUUUGAACUAAUAGGUUUGAUUGUUGGAUACAAUAUUAAAGGUUAUCAUCGCCGUCACCAUCCUUAAGCGUCCGUUUUUUUUACGUGCCAUUGGGUUGGACAUUUCAUUACCCUCCUUGCACUUCUCCAGUGAAUAAAGUCCAAAAGGAGAUGUAAGUGUUAGGUAUCUGGGCACUGUGUGUUCGAUUGAUAAGGGUUUACGGUAGAUUUUUUAUGAGAUAGAAAGUAUUUUAAUGUGUUAAUUGUGCCUUUUUUGUCAAUAAUUGAAUUGGAUUUUGCUACGAUAACUCUGUUGCUCGAUCAUUUGUGAAUAUGUGAGCACGAUAUAUAAAUUUAGGAAUAUGGUAUAUGUACAGUACUCGGAUAUAACAGAUGUAUAACUAUUUCUUCUUGUGUUUAUUCCAUCGAAUGGAAACUUUUGAAGUACUAAAUGUAAUCGUUGAUGAGAAUCUGUGUCUAUUCUCUCUUCUAUAAUGCUUUUUCUACAGGAUUUCCUUGGAGAGAAUUUGUUAUCAUUUUGUUUUGUUUGUAGCAUUUUUCAAUGUAGCGGUGGUUUAUUUGACUGUUUUUACUUUGCUAGAAUGUGCAUUUGUUUAAAUAUGUGUCUAUUACACCCCAAUACAUAAGAAAAGCUCGAUCAAUAUGAAUUUUGUACAACUAUUCUUGUAUAUAAUAAGAAUGAGCAGGUAUUAUCAUUAUUGCCAAAGUACUCAUGGGGGUAUGUUUGUGCCAUUUUGCUCAAUACAUAGAAAGGAUAAAGAAAAUGAGAAAAGUUGUUCAGAGAGUUGAUUGAGAAUGGAAAAAAUGGAGAUUCAGCAUCCUAUUCUACAUGUGAAUUAUUGACCAAACGUGGACUAAGAUUAUUGCCUAACAAAAUUUAAAAAGAUAUUGGAGAUAGUAGUGGUUUUGACAAAAAGUUAUAUUCUCACAUAACUCUCACAUAAAAUUGGCACUUAACUUUAAAAACAACAAUUAAAUGGUACCUGACAAAUAUAUGUGAUAAAUAACGUAGCUCAGUAAUGAUUAUAGAUUGACCAAGAGACUGACCAAAUGAUUGUAAAAGAGAUUGUAGCUGUGUGAUAAUUAUUAACUGACCGAAAGAGAAUGUAUUAUUCAAAGAAUGUAUUAGUCUGUAUGUGCACAUUUUGUUUGGUACAAUUGAGGGGGUUCCUCAUUUUUUUGCAAUAUUCAUACAUUUUGUAAUAUUGUAUAACUUUAUUUGAGUGGUGGUUAUUUACCUGACUGCUAAGAAAGGAUACCAGAGGACCGACGGCUUUAGGUCGUCUCAGAGAGACCUGGCAAUGAGGAUUAAUGCCUUACCAAAGGGCACUAGCAUUGCACUAGCGCAUCGCCUUGGUUUCAAACCUCAAACUAUGCCUGAUAGAAACACUGCUAAAAUGUUAAAUUUUUGCCUGCUUUUGUCAAUUUUAAUGUGGAACAAACUAGGAUCACCUAUAUCAACUUUUGACACAAGUACAAGGUGCAUUAAAUGUGAUAUCCAAAUAAUUAAAGGAGGACCAGGCACUUGAUGUGUAGCAAACAAAGUUUUAUAAAAACGGAUGAAAGUAAAUUGUUAUGGAGAAACGACAUGGCAAUUUUCCCCUGUAGUAUGUAAAACUCUCACAAGCUUAUUUUCUAAAAAGAAAGUGUCUCAGAAAGUACAGUUUUCUUUAAUAUCAUGACUUAGUAUUGACUUCUUAAACAAAUAUUUAGCCAAAGAUAUACAAGUAUUAGUCUACAUGUAGGCCUAGCUUCCAUGUAGAAUGAGUUUUCUCUCGUUCUGAAGAAAAUUUGAUGAAUUAUAUUCUGCUAGACACUGGUAUUUCUCAUCUUAUUUGCAUAUAGCUUGAGUAUAGUCUGACUCUGUCCUCAACAGGUGUAUACUGGAUUAAGAAUAUAUUAACUCUACAUAAAUAU